AGGCAAAGCACACAGUGAUGGUGUAGGGACCUCUGCCGGAUUAUAGAGUGAGCUGGUGAGUACUUACCUCAAUAUUUUACUUUUAUGGAUGAUCACACACCUGUCUGAAAACUUUGGUAAAGUUUAUAUAAGGAUAGUGAGUAUUUCCAUUUAAUUGUUUUUGCUUUUAAUUGAUUUAUUAAUUUUUUUAAUUAUUAUUAUUUCUUUAUAACCAUAACCACUAAAUGUAUUUUGACUUUCCCAUAGCUGGUAUUUAAACAUUCUUUAUAGGCAGUAAUAUCCCUCUGUAGUUACUAUAGAACAUUCAGGUUUAUGAAUUGCCUGCAGCAGUAACAAUUAUCUUUGAAGAAUAAAUCUUCCUAUUUACGUUCUUCCCAUUAUUUAAUUUUUUGUUUAAAUAUAUCACUUUUGUAACAUUCCAAAUCUAUAAUAAAACCCCGAAAGCUACAAUUUUAUUCCUUAUAAUCAACAUAACUUCAACCCCACAUCACUCUGUUUCUUUCAGAUAUAAAGUAUAACUUUACCAUAAGAAGAAUAUAGAUUUUUUUAAAGUAGUUCACCUGCAGAAAUUUUUUUUUGAAAUACAUUUUUAUUUAAGAUGUUUUUGUGUGUCUGUGCUAUUUUUUUCUGUGUUUGCAGUCAGAUAGAUGAGUGAUAUUGUUUGAUUAAUUGUUUGUUUGUUUUUUCAUGCUUGUCUUUAAAGACUUGGGAUACAUUCAUGGAUUAAUGAAAUUGUUAAGGCUUGGAGUAGAGGAACGCCUCCCAGUGUCAAUUAAACGGUUUGAGCUCAGAGCCUGGUGAUCUCUACAGAGUAAUUCACAGCUCACAGUGCACUAGCACCAAAGGCAACAUUGUCAUCACUGAACACAAGAUGUUUCUCAUUGAAUUGAACUUCAUGUCCUUCUUUGAGACUGCUCUCACUUCAGUCCUGUCUGUGCUCUUUCUCCUGGCUGUAUCUCACCAGUUGUGGUCCUUAAGGUGGCACAGUACUAGGGACAGAGGAUGCAAUCUACCCCUUCCUAAAGGCUCAAUGGGAUGGCCAUUUUUUGGGGAGACAUUGCAUUGGCUUGUUCAGGUAAGAAUCACUUCUAAUCUGCUAGAUUCUAAUUGCUGUAGAAUGUUGACAUUUUAAAUAUCCCACUUCCCCUGUUAUAACAAAGUAACAGACCUGGGUGUACGUGUUUUACAUGUGAUUAUAUUGAUUAAAUUAGAUUUGGGUUAGAUGAAUAUUUGAAGCAUUCUUUCUCCUAAAUUAUAGUUCUUCUAAGUGGCUAGAAAUCUGGGUUUUAGGAUCUCAUGCUGAGCUCUGGAUUUAAAUGCUAGAUGCUUCUCCAUCAAUGGACUGGACGUGAUAUAGGGUUUAUUACAGGGGUCGGAUUUCCACAGUUCAAGAAGAGAGAGAUAUGGCAAUAUAUUCAAGACCCAUCUUCUGGGGAAGCCAGUAAUCCGUGUAACUGGAGCAGAGAACAUCCGCAAGAUCUUACUAGGAGAACACAGCCUUGUGAGCACCCAGUGGCCCCAGAGCACCCAAAUCAUCCUGGGGUCCAACACUCUAGUGAACUCUAUUGGGGACCUUCACAGACAGAAGAGAAAGGUAAAGCAGCGCCUUGCAUGCUGUCAUUGUAGUUAUUGCAAUGUGUGGAGAGCCUGUCACUUGUAGCCCAUUCUAGUCAGUAACUAGCCAGAAGGGUGUUAGGAAUGUGGCCCCUGACUGCAGGGAGCUGCUAGUCUCUAUUCACAUGUAAUGACCUCAUUGCAAUCCCUUUGUAAAACAUUACUUGUAGCCCUUAUCUGUAGGGCCCCUCCAGCUGCGGAUGGCUGAGGGUUCUGAGAGUUGUAGAGCAAUAGCCAGUGACAUUUGUGUAAAGGAGAAGGCUCAAACAUGAAUUGUUCUUGUUAUGAAGAUGCUCUGGAUCUGCAGCUGAAGGUGGACUUUGUACGUUAAAUGACUGCACUUCUUAUUUAUCUUGGAUUCAAGUUUUCCAAGUGUGAAAAGUCACAAUAUCUGAAUAUAUCUCUAUCUGGUGUUUACACCACCUGCAGUCACACUGAUAUAUAGAAAUAAAAUGUGUAGACCCAAAUCACAGAUACACAGAGUUAACCAUCCUUCUUCCCAAUCAAACACCUGUCAGCUGAAUGGACCGUAGGAAAGUUAUCUGCACUGUGCUUUUAUCUAGAUCCAAUACAUACACAGUAUAUCAUUUAUAUACAUUUAUUAUAGAAUCCCAGAUAGAGCUACAAUAUUGGAAUGGCAGGCAGCAUUCCCCUUGUAUUGCAGUUAUAUGAUGACAUCUACCUGAGAAAGAUUCAUCGGUUUACCUGUAAACCAUCUAGUAGUAAACACACUUAAUAUUAAAAAACACUGAAUACGACAUUAAUAUUAAGAAAUUAUUUAUAAAAAAAAAAAUGUAAAAAAAAAAAAUCUAAAUAUUUUACCAUCUAGUUAUGUACUGAAAAGUGUGUCAUAUAGAUAUUUUCAUAAAUGCAGAAUAUGGUGUAUGCAGAUUUUUAACAUUAUACCAACAAUAUUUUCCAAAUAUCUACUACACACACACACACACACACACACACACUAUUAUAUAUAUAUAUAUAUAUAUAUACACACACACACACACACACACUAUUAUAUAUACACACACACACACACACAAUAUUUACUAUGUGUAGAGAGAGAUGCAUACAGGUAGAACUAUACAGAAAUACUUUAUGUUGUAAAAUAUCGAUAUUUGUCAAAUAUGGGUAAGGUGGCAGAUAGAUUUAAGAAUAGAAACAUCGUUUUAAACAGGAAAAUAUUAUGUUAAUUGCAGUGGCUCUUUGUGUGUGUAGAAUGGUUAUUUGUAAAAUAUAGAUACAUUGAUCAACAAAGUGUUUGUAAAUAGAAAUUUAGCUAAAGUGUAUGUAUUAUAGAAUAUGUAGUGCAUGUGUGUGGAUAGGUAUUUAAGUAUAUCUAGAUGUGUGGGUAUAUAUUUGGGAUGUUGCGAUAGGGAGAGAUAGGGCGCUAAAUAGAUAGUUGAAGGGUUCAGGUGUGUGAAUAGAUAAUUGGAAGCGUUAGGUGUUUAAAUAUACAUAUUUGGAGGGCUAAGGUGUGUCGAGAACAUUUGGCGAUUGCGGUAUGCGGAUACAUAUUUGGAUGGGUGUGAAGAUAGGGUUGAGGUGUGGGUGGAUAUUUAGAGGGUUUAGGUUUGUGAAUGUAUAUUUAGAGGGUUUUGGUGUGUGGAGAGAUAUUUGGAGGGUUGUGGAGAGAUAUUUGGAGGGUUGUGGAGAGAUAUUUGAAGGGUUUUGGUGUGGAGAGAUAUUUGGAGGGUUUUGGUGUGUGUGGAGAGAUAUUUGGAGGGUUGAGGUAUGAGGAUGGAUAUUUGAAGGGUUAUGGAGAGAUAUUUGGAGGGUUUGGGUGUGGAGAGAUAUUUGGAGGAUUGUGGAUAGAUUUGGAGGGUUUUGGUGUGUGGAGAGAUAUUUGGAGGGUUGUGGAGAGAGAUUUGGGGGAUUCUGGAUAGAUAUUUGGAAGGUUGAGGUGUGUGGAUGGAUAUUUGGAGGGUUGUACAGAGAUAUUUGGAAGAUUGGAGGUGUGUGGAUGGAUAUUUGGAGGGUUGUACAGAGAUAUUUGGGAGGUUGAGGUGUGUGGAUGGAUAUUUGGAGGGUUGUACAGAGAUAUUUGGGAGGUUGAGGUGUGUGGAUGGAUAUUUGGAGGGUUGUACAGAGAUAUUUGGAAGAUUGAGAUGUGUGGAGAGAUAUUUGGAGGGUUGUGAAGAGAUAUUUCAGAGAUUUCAAAGAGUGUCAUUCUCUUCCUCUGAUUGUCCCACUUCCUGCCCAGAUCAUGGCUAAGGUGUUCAGCCACUCUGCCCUAGAGAGCUACCUCCACCGGAUCCAGGAGGCGGUGAGUGGGGAGAUUCAUGCCUGGUGCCGGGAGUCGGACUGUAUAGCCGUGUACCCCUCAUCCAAAGCCAUGACUUUCCGCAUUGCCGCCCGCAUCCUUCUGGGGCUCAGUCUGGGGGACCAACAAUUCAAAGAGCUGGCCAAAGUCUUCGAGCAGCUGGUGGAGAAUCUCUUCUCAUUGCCCCUGGACAUCCCAUUUAGUGGGCUUCGAAAGGUAAGCUGGCCUCUUAGGGCAAUAGAUGGUAAUAAUAUAUGACCCAACAUAUGAUAAUGUUCUAAGAGCAUCCAACAUGGCCAUGGCAAUAUUACAAAAAUAUAUCUCUCUCACCUCCAUUAAUUAAAGAACAACUGAUACCAUAAUAUGUACUUUAAAUCCCUCGUUUCACUUUAAUUGGAUCUGUCAGACUAGAUAGAUAGGUGAAGGUAAUAGAGAAUAGAGUAACUACCCAGAUAGUGUAUACAAAGAUUGGAUGGGCAUACUAUACAGAUUGGAUACAUAUAGAACAUUGUAUACAUAGUGGCUGCAUGUAAAGUAGAGCUAUUGUAUGUACAUAGAAAUGACACAGAGAAUAUACACAUAUAGAGAAACAAUGAAUAUACAGAGAAAUGACACAGAGAAUAGACACAUAUAUAUAUGGAGAUACAUUGAAUAUACAGAGAAGAUACGUGGAGUACAAUGGAAACAUACAUGAAGAUCCAUAUUUAAAGAGACAAUAGAAAUUUGAUACAUUGAGAGGUAAAUUAAACACAGAGAGCCGGUCAGAAAAGUAGAGAAAGAGACAGCUAGUUAAUGUGGCCAGUGACUGUGAGCCCACACUGGCUCUCUAUAGAUCAGUACUGAGUACACACAGCCCAUGUAUCCUCACACGAUCAGUGCAGGGUACAAAUUACUGCAUUACUUAUCGAUUCUAGCAAUGCCAGACAGAAUGACAAGCAACAGAAACCAGCUGGGCUGGCUUAAUGUUAUGUGUGGCUGUCCCUUUAAACACUUAAUUCAUGUGGACAAAAUAAAAUAGUGAGUUACUGAAACUACUACUGAGAAUGCCAUACACUAUGUCUAAACACUCUUGCUCUUUCUCUCCUGUCUCUCAUAUAUAUAUAUAUAUAUAUAUAUAUAUAUAUAUAUAUAUAUAUAUAUAGAUAGAUAGACAGGGCUUUAUAUAACAUUUCCAGAAAGGGAUAGGUUACAUAGAUAUUUAAUUAAUAGACAGUUUGUAGAAUCUUGGAUCUGGGCUUCUUAAAAUCUAAUGACAAUUAGUUUUGGGUCAGUCUGUGUUCUUGCAGUAAUGGUACCUGUCUGACCAGGAAGAGGGGUGGGGGCAGGGGUCCUGUUAUUACAAUGGAUCACCCAUCAUUUAUACUGUGCUGUAAAUAAUACGGUCCUUUUAUUCAAUUUUUUUCUUUAAAGUAAAUUUAUGUGUUUUUUUUUUUUUAAAUAUAUAUUUUUUAAUGAAAUUUCCCUCCAUGAUUAAUUUAUUUUACAUUGUAGUGGGCAGGGGUCCCAGUCUCACUUAGUGAUGGCAUUGUAGAAAACCUGGACACAGGCCUGCUUUACCUUCGCUGCUAUUGGACUGAAACUCCCAUUAACCACAUUAAAUGGGUGUAGGAGUCCAUAUAGGAGAAUGAGAGGGAUCCCAUUCUAAGCCCAUCCCAGUUACUGCCCAAUUAGCAAUUCGAUUUAAAGGUGUAGUACUAAUUAGCUAAUCACUCUCUGCUUCCCCAGGGGAUUAAAGCCAGGGAUACUUUGCACCAAUAUAUGGAGGAAGCGAUUAAACAGAAGAUAUCGGGACGAGAUGCAGAUGUGUGCGAAGAAGAUGCAUUAGAUUAUUUGAUAAAUAGCGCCAAGGAGAAUGGGAAAACGCUCAGCAUGCAGGAGCUUAAGGUAUUGCAUUUAUUUCUACUGACAGCAGGGGGGGAGGGGGUUAAAUCCUUAACCCCUGCAUUCUAUUACACAGGGGACUGGGGGGAUGGGAGGGGGUACGAUAAUACAACCACUCAGAUUAAAUUAUUUUACUUGCCUUCAAUUUUACUGAACUUGAUUUUUUCCCCAAAACAAAAAUAUUAAUUUUUUAAAAAUCUAUACUGUUGCAAAUAGUACUCAGCCAUUAGUUGCCCACAAAGUGCAAUACUGCAUGCCACUUUUUGCGGAUAAAUAUUAUUUUUACAUACAAAGAGUAAUGGCCAGAUACUGAAAUACAAAAAAAUAGCAAAUAACGUUCUAUGACAGAUACUCAGAACGUUCUAUAUCAGAUACUCCGUAACAUUCUGUGACAGAUCCUCAGUAACGUUCUGUGACAGAUACUCAGUAACGUUCUAUAUCAGAUACUCAGUAACCUUCUGUGACAGUCAGUAACGUUCUGUGACAGAUACUCAGUAACCUUCUGUGACAGAUACUCAGUAACGUUCUAUAUCUGAUACUCAGUAACCUUCUGUGACAGUCAGUAACGUUCUGUGACAGAUACUCAGUUCUGUGACAGAUACCUUCUGUGACAGAUACUCAGUAACGUUCUAUAUCUGAUACUCAGUAACCUUCUGUGACAGUCAGUAACGUUCUGUGACAGAUACUCAGAACGUUCUGUGUAACAGAUACGCAGAACGUUCUGUGACAGAUCCUCAGUAACGUUCUAUAUCAGAUACUCAGUAACCUUCUGUGACAGUCAGUAACGUUCUGUGACAGAUACUCAGAACGUUCUGUGACAGAUACGCAGAACGUUCUGUGACAGAUCCUCAGUAACGUUCUAUAUCAGAUACUCAGUAACCUUCUGUGACAGUCAGUAACGUUCUGUGACAGAUCCUCAGUAACGUUCUGUGACAGAUACUCAGUAACGUUCUAUAUCAGAUAAUCAGUAACGUUCUUUGACAGAUACUCAGCAACGUUCUAUGACAUACUCAGUAACGUUCUAUAUCAGAUACUCAGAAACGUUCUGUGACAGUUACUCAGUAAUUCUAUAUCAGAUACUCCGUAACCUCCUGUGACAGUCAGUAACGUUCUGUGUUAGAAUCUCAGUAACCUUCUGUGACAGUCAGUAACGUUCUAUGUCAGAUACUUAAAGUUCUAUGUUAGAAUCUCAGUAACGUUCUACAUCAGAUACUCGGUAACGUUCUGUGUCAGAUAGUAACGUUGUGUCUCAGAUACUAUAACGUUCUAUGUUAGAAUCUCAGCAACGUUCUGUCAGAUAGUAACGUUCUAUGUUAGAAUCUCAGCAACGUUCUGUGUCAGAUAUUCGGUUACGUUCUAUGUCAGAUAGUAACGUUCUGUGUCAGAUACUCUAACGUUCUAUGUUAGAAUCUCAGUAACGUUCUAUGUCAGAUAGUAACGUUCUAUGUUAGAAUAUCAGCAACGUUCUGUGUUAGAAUCUCAGUAACGUUCUAUGUCAGAUAGUAACGUUCUAUGUUAGAAUCUCAGUAACGUUCUAUGUUAGAAUCUCAGCAACGUUCUAUGUUAGAAUCUCAGUAACGUUCUAGAUCAGGUACUCGGUAAAUUUCUGUACUCAUGUGUCAGAUACUCAAUAGUUCUGUGUCAAAUAGUAUUUCUGCGUCACAUACUAAGUUAGAUUUGUAUCAUAUACUCUGUAUUCCGUAACAUUAUGAGUCAUAGACUCGUAGUAUUUCUGUGUCCUAUAGUAUUUCUAUGCCAGGUACUCAGUAACGUUCUGUAUUUGCAGGAGACGGCGAUAGAGUUAUUAUUCGCUGCGUUCUUCACCACAGCUAGCGCUAGUUCUUCUCUCAUCCUGCUGUUGCUGAAACACCCGUCAGCCAUUCAGAAAAUCAGACAGGAGCUGAUAUCGCAAGGACUUCACAAGCAGUGUCAAUGUGGGUACCAGUCUUCUUCUGAAAACCCCAACAACAACAUUCCAUCACUUUCUGACCACGUCCUCUUAAAUGGUCCAUGUCAGACCAGUGGUUGCCAUUUGCCCAUGAUCCUGAGAUCUGAAGGACAUGUGAAGGACAUCUGGGAUCAACCUAACUGUAUGUUGGUGGGAAAAAACCAAAGGGACAUCAUACAGCCUGUGUACAGGAGGACCCAAAAUAACAUCAAUUGUGAAGAAAAGUGCAAUGAAUCAAUCUACAAACAAAAUACAUCUUCCAAUGACUUGAAUUAUACUAACAUGCAAGGAUGGAGGUCUGGAUGUGCAUGUGAACUGAGUCUCAGCCUGGACAAAUUAAAGGGACUUCAUUACCUGGACAAUGUGGUCAAGGAGGUCCUCAGGUUGUUGCCACCAGUUUCUGGAGGCUACAGAACAGCCCUUCAAACUUUUGAAUUGGAUGUAAGUACAGCAAGGACCCUCUCAUCAUAUAGAAUACAUUUCUUGUACUCUGAGAUUAAAUACAUAUUAAAAUGAUAAUUAAAGACUACAACAAACUCGGUUAGAGAAGUCAUUUAUCUGAGCACCUUACUGCUUUAACAGUUUUAGAAGAAUUAAAAAAAUAAAGACCAAGUAGGAUUCAGGUUGUUAAAAAUGACAGAUAUGAUAGUGCUACUCUGUCGCCCUCUUUCGGUUGAAAUGGGAAUUCAUUUUCCUUGUCGAGAGAUAGGAAGGGAAUUAUCCCUAGACUCGCUCUGUGUAAUAGAUCCAGUCUGUGCAGUUAAAGAAUCAAAGCUUGAAGACAAACCAGGGACAGUGUAAGAUUCCCAGGAGGCUUUGGCUCAGGUAGACCCAGCAUAGAAUAUGGGAAUUUGCAGUGUGUUAAGACCAGCCUUUACUGUGAGUGGAUACAGGAUUUCCAGAUAGUAAUUUGUAUCAUUUACUGAACGCAGGUAAUAAAUGAAGAUAAUGAAUAUACUCACAAUUGAUAGAUAGAUGGAUGGAUGCAGAAAGUGGAGAAAAUAUUUUAUCAAUAAAAAUAAUAAUAUUGAUUAGUAUAGAUUUUUCAGAGCAAUAAACUUAAAAAAACAACUAAGGUGGUUGAUAUACUCUGUUUGAUUUGGACUAAUUUUAAAAUAUAUUUUUUCAAAUAGGAGAUUAAAUAUUCUAGUUAUUUUAAAUUCUCAUACAUACUCCUCUAUGACCAAGUACUUUGUUUUAGAAAUAUCAGCAUAACAAUGAGACGUGAAAGUUAGUUACAGGCCGCUGUUCAGGGAUACAAAAAAAAUAAUGGAACUGUGUAAAUGUUACCAUUUUUAAUUCCAACGUAUUCAUUCUCUGGGGAAUAAAAAUCUAGCGAUUAUAUAGCAUGCAUUACUCUGUAGAAUUUCAGGCAGGGUUUGAAACAUUAAAUGUAGGAGAAAUAACAGUGGUGUCACAUGUAGUAGGUGUGAUUAAAUAUAAAGAGUCAAUACUCUAUUUUUUUGUUAUUUGUAGGGAACCUGAUGGAGUUUUCAAAAUGUAGCUUCCCGAAAAUGCCAAUAGAAUGUAAAACUAUAAUGCCUCCAUACUGUACAUGGCUUUAAAAGUUGCUAUUGCAGUCUGCAAAUAAUCCCUCACUCAGUGUGUUAAGAGCUCUUUCCCUUCUUUACUGUUAAAAAGCGUGCUGUAUGGAUAUGGAAAUCAAAAGGAAUAAAACAAAAAUUGUGCUGUAGUUAUGGUGCCUGGAGAGCCCUGGGCGCCACCUCCUCCCCCUCCCUCCCAUUGUAUGGAGUCAAACCAUUUUAGAAUGGUUUGAUUUCUUACAUGGAGUCCAUUGAGGGUCGUCUACAGCUCAUUGAGAGUGCAAGGAGCUUCUAUUAGCUCUCCAGAGCUAAGGGCUCGCACACUGACUGACAGUGCCAGCUGAUUGCUCUCAGCCAAUGAGCUAAGCUCCGCACUGCAUGUCUUAGCUCAAUGAAGAUAGAGUUUUUGUCUCUCAUUGAGCUGUAGUGGACGCAUGGAGCAGAGCCAAGUGGACCCCAGUUAAGAAGUCAAACCAUUCUAAAACAAUUUUACUGCCAACAUUGUUGCCAAGAAUUUGCAAAUCACUUGCACAAUGUUGGAUAAUAUAUCCGACAUGAAAAAAGUCUUAAUGUUGGCUAUUUGCAAAAGGCAAGUUAGUUGCCAAGUUUAAUUUUUUUGUGUUUGCUACACACAAGUAGUUAUAGUCAUAUAGGCAGGAUAAGACAAAAAACCAUGAUAACCUCACCUUUCAUACAAUCAUGAAAACAACUCUGCAAUAUAUAUCCCUUCUGAUCAAUGGGACCCGGGACAUGUCCCUCCAUUUUCUAUGAUGCAAUAAAAGGUUGUUAACAUAAGCAGAACAAAAUAGCAUUGCUUUUAAAGGUACUUUCAUGUCUAUUUUUUUCACCACCCAAUCUUUAACAAAAGUUUAAUUAAAGUUUUAGUAAUUCACGUUGUAUGCUACAUACAUAUAUACAUAUAUAUGAGUAGAGUGUUCCUUUAAUAGAAAUUUAGUGUCCACAAGUCAUUACGCUCAUAUCAAUAUUCCCUAAUUUUAUUUUCAUUUUCCUGUUUUCCCCCACCACAGGGUUGCCAGAUUCCUAAGGGCUGGAGUGUGAUGUAUAGUAUCAGAGAUACACAUGAAACGGCUGAAGUCUACAAAAAUGCGGAGCUCUUUGAUCCAGACCGAUUUGGUCCAGAAAGAAAUGAAGGGAAAAUUGGACGGUUUAACUAUAUUCCUUUUGGAGGGGGAGUUAGAAGUUGCAUCGGAAAAGAGUUAGCGCAAACGAUUCUCAAAAUCCUGGCUAUUGAGCUUGUGGGCACGGCUAAAUGGGAACUCGCCACACCAAACUUCCCCAAAAUGCAAACUGUGCCUAUAGUUCACCCAGUUGAUGGACUUCAGGUUUUUUUCAGGUUUUUGGGUUCUACUGAAAACGACAGGAUGUCAAAAAAGGCGUGAUUAUCUGGACUUUGAACAAUGUGUCCUUACUGUUCAGACUUUUCAAAGUGGGCACAAGAAGGGGCAAGCGUUACGUUGCCCAAUAUUUUGGCACUCAAGAUUAUUUUGUCAAUUUCUGCAACAGUGUAUGAACAAUCUGUUAUGUAGUCACGUCCAGGAACACAAACCGAAAUACUAAAAAACAAACAAAAUAAAAAACCCCAACAGAUUAUACUAUUUAUAAUGUAAUAUUUAUAUGUCAGCUAGUUAUAAAAGACAAUGGACAAUAUUGAGUUAAAGGAGCUAUGGAAGAUAUUUUAUUCACUUGCAUGGUAUAUUGUAAGAUGUAACUGUAUAAUCAGCACUAACAUAAUGUUACUAAAAAUUUAUGGCUAGGUUAAAGAAGAAAUAUAUUCAGAACUUGCCUUAAAAAAAGAA